UUAUUGUUAUUUUAUUGUUAUUUUGUUGUUAUUUUACAGGAAUUUGGUGGUGUUUAUUAUAACAAGCAAGUCCCAAACAAGUGAUUCAAUUUAUCACCAAUUUACAGUAACAGCACCUGAACUGGCUGCAGAAUAUUGAUGGCACAUUCCAGAAUAUUCCUCUCCUUUUGGUUCCAUUACUUUAUUUCUCUCGCUGUUAUUCCUUGCAUUUCUGCUGCCUUUUCCAUGGAUUUUUAAGGAGCUUUGUGGAUAGGGUUCCUGAGUCUCAUUCCUGUGUGAUCAGAGGAAUCAUUCCAUGAUUUAUGAGCACCAUCCAUGCUGGUAAAGUUUGGAAUGUGGGUGCUGCUCUGUUCUCCAGCACUCAGAAGAGCCAGGACUUACUCCCCUGUAAAAAAAAAGGGAAUACUAAACAAAAUAAAUAAAAUUAAACAAGAUUAAAUAAGAAUAUUACAUGAGUUUGAAUAAGAAUUAAAGAUGGUGUCAGUGCAACUGCAACAGGCAGCUCAGGAGUCUCCAGAAUUAGGGCAUUAAUUCAUCUUUUAGACUUUUUCAGUAAAAUUAUGUAUGGAUGGUCACGUCCCCUUGAAGGGAUGGGAAAAUCCUUCUUCAGGACUGGAGCAGAGCUGUGGCUUUGGCACUUCUUUGGGAAGAAACCACCUUGAAAGAACAUCCCUGUGUGCUGCCAGCACAGAGAGGUUCCCAGGAGCAGGAUGGUUCUCACCUCUGCAUUUAAGAUUUAUGGGAAUAUUUAAYAUGGSAAUAUUUAAUAUGGGAAUAUUUAAGCCACCAUUGGGAAUUUUUAAUAAUAACCCCUAAGAUGGAGCUUCCCAACUGGCUGAGAAGGCAAGGAGCUGUUUUUAAAUUUACUUUAAUGGACUUUGAUAUUGUCAGCAGGGCUGCACGUGGUGUCACCUCUAGGCUCUGUCUGCUCACUGAAAUGAGAAAAAGGCAAUUUUUACUCCGUUAUCACUGCAGAUACAAUGAGGGCAGAGGGAGAUGAGUUUGAUUUCUCCUUGCACAUCAAUGUCAGGUGACACAGACAGGGGUGUCGAGUGUCCUCAUGCUGAUUUCAGAUACRGGGAGGAGUUUUUAUUUUUAUGUUCGAGGGGGCUUUUGUUGGAAAUUUAAUUUAAUUAAAUUCGGUUGGAUGCUGAAUUUAAAAAUUGGGUUGAUUUAACUGGAUGAGUCAGGGGCACAAUGAAUGGAAGGCAGCUCUGAUUUGUUUCACAGAUGAGAUUAAAUCACAUAUUAAUGAAAAAUGUCACAAAUUGCUCUUAAAACUCUUCUGUACAAGAGCUAUUUUGUCCUGGACAAUUAUCCUUCCUUGCCCAAAGGUCCAGCAUUUCUAGCUCUAAAUCCAAGUAAAACAAGAUGGUGCCAUUCAACUUCAGGUUUUUUCUGGGAACCAGAGGUUUUUUUCAGCAAAUUGAUCCCGUGCAGGUUGAAUUCAAAUAAUCUCGCUGUUGAUGAGAACAAGUGCCUUUUGUCCUGGCUGUGUGUCCCAGCUCUUUGCUURUGUUUCAGUGCUCCGUGGUCACCUUUUCCUAAGCCUUUUCUGAACUGCUGAAAUAAUAAAACACAAGAAUUAUUCGUUUCUCUUACCCAGUGGCUGCAUUUUAAUGGUCUGUCAACCUCAAGGAAAGAUUUGUCAGGGUCGAUGGGAGAGUCAGCAGGAUGUGUCCCAAGGUGUCCCAAGCUCCAGUAGAGGCAUCAGCCCUACCCGAACCUCCCUGCCGAGCCCUGGGCAGCAGAACCACGCUCCUGAUGCAGGUAUCAGCAGCCUGGCUGCUUCCUACCUGAAUCCUGUCAAGUCCUUUGUGCCUCAGAUGCCAAAGCUGCUCAAAUCCCUGUUCCCUGUCCGAGAUGAGAAAAAGGGCAGGCAGAGCUCUCCCCUGGCCCAGCAGGCUGUCCCACGGAUUAUGGUUCAGUCGGCCRCUCUGGAUGCCAGCGCUGCCAGGAUCAAACAGAUGCACCAAGAGGAAGCAGCCGGGAAGCAGUCCCUGGACCCCGUGCCGCAGAUGGACAAAAGCCUGGAGAAACCCCCCAAAGUGCCUUUGCAGCAGCCCCCCGGGGACCCCCAGGCCCMGGAGUGCCAGGAGGGCCCCCCGAGCCCCCUGAGCGAAGCCUCCAGYGGGUAUUUCUCUCACAGCGUCUCCACGGCCACGCUCUCCGAGGCGCUGACGGCGGGAGGGGACACAGCAGCUCCACCAGGAGCACCCACGGGGAGUGACCUCACAGCUCCUKCUGAUGGGCAGGGACACUGGGACAGAGCUCCUGAGAGCUGUCAGGGCACCAAGAGGGAGAACCCCCUCUCCUGCAGCCUCCCAGGAGCUGCCCCCCGAGCCAGGGAYRGCCCCGAAGCCGAYGGGAAGCCCUGCGAGCAGGGACUCGGCAUCUCGGCCGAUCCCAAACCUUUUUCCUCUCCCUCUGCUCCCAAAGAGUCCAUAUCCAAACCCUCUGGGGAGUCAGCAGGGCAGGCCAGGAGGAAGGAAACAUCUCCUGGGCCUUCAGAGCUGGUGUUCCCCAAAGCUCACCCCGAGCAGCCCGGCACUGCCCCCUCCCCGUUCCGGAUCCAGAAGGUGAAGACGUCGGAGCUGAAAUCCUUCAGCAGCAUGUUGGGGUCAGACCCCACGAGUUCCCUGAGCAUGGAGGAGCAGCAGGAAGGAGAGAGGGUCACAUCCACCCCCCGUGGGCUGAGCCACAAUGGGGCAGAGGCGGCCGAGGAAAAACUGGAGGUGGCUUCUGACUCGGAAGAGGCCAACGAAAUUCCCGAGUGGCUGAAAGAGGGGGAAUAUGUCACGGUGGGCACCAACAAGACGGGCACCGUGAGGUACAUCGGGCCCACGGACUUCCAGGAGGGAACGUGGGUCGGUGUGGAGCUGGAUUUGCCUUCAGGGAAGAACGACGGCUCCAUCGGGGGGAAGCAGUACUUCAGGUGUAACCCAGGCUACGGGCUGCUGGUGAAGCCGGGCAGGGUCCGGCGGGCCCCGGGGCCGKCGCGGCGCCGCAGCUCCGGCCUCAGGCUGCAGGAGAACCGCAGGAGUGGCAACUUCUCGGGCUCGACCUCCAACCUGGCCUCGCUGACCGCCCUGGCCAAGGCGGACGGAGGAUCCACGCUGCGGCUGGAGAAGAGCCAGAAAAACGCUGAGAACAGGAAAUCCUGGGCAAACUGAGAGAGCUGGGCAUGGAAAACGCCCUGGGGCACGGCUGGGUGGAGCCGGGGAGAGAAACCAACCAUCCCAACUUCAGCUGGUGGCAUAUCCAACCAUCCCAACUUCAGCUGGUGGCAAAUCCAACCAUCCCAACUCCAGCUGAUGGCAAACACUGCUGGAGGGUUCGUUCUCUCUGCUCGGGGUCAUUGACACGAUGACGAUUCUUUGCCUUGUCGCGGUGCUGGAUCCUUCGUUCCCUGUCUCAAAUCCCGACACCUCUGGGGGUGAUCGAUGGGUGGAAUGAGCKCCUUUCCUUCCUCCUUCCAGAGGAAAAUUGGUCAAAUCAUAGCACAGCUUCCAACAGCCCCAAAAAACCUCCCCGGGCCUCCCUCGGCGUGCAGGGCGAUUCCUGAAGAACCUCCCAAAAUAACGUCUCCGUUUGAUUCCAUCGGAGCUGUGCUGAUCCUGCCUCAUCCACCAUGAAAGGGCAAGGUGGGAAUGAUUCCAGACAGGCAGGGAAGUGAAAGUAGAACUUUGUUUGGGAAUAAACAACCCCCAAAGUCCCUUUAUUUGAAAAAGCWGCAGCCCUUGGGUUGUGUGGCUGGGAGCAGUCCCUUUGGGAUUAUUGUCCCGUUAUUCCACUCUCCUGUGGAAAGCAGCGUGGGUUUUCCAGCUGUUUUUGGGAAUGGGAGAGUACCCAGGGCCAGCUCUGUCAUGUUUUUGAUCUAUUUAAUGUUUGCUCUCCCCAUGACAGGAUCUCCUCUCUCACUGGCCCCAGCAUGGCUGGACCUUCUCCUUGGUCGGUCCUUCCCUUGUUGGGCCAAGAGGAUUUUUGCAGAGCUGUCAGCACGGAGGUGCUUCCCUGUUCCCACCCAGCCUUUGGAGACACUUGGAAUUUUUCCAAGCAAGGCWCGCUGUCCUUGGAAUCAAUCCAGUCUAUUUAUUUUUAUUUAUUCCUUUAAAACACGAAACGUUUGCGCUUUACAAUCAUCCCCCRCCCGGCACCGCCCGGAGGAGCUCUCCCAGCACCAAAGAGGAGGUGCCUCUGUCGCCCCAAAACCAGCCUCUCUCUCGGAAAAGAGGCAGUUUGGGCUGGCUUUUAUAAAACUUGAUUUUAUUUGUGGCUGGUUUUCAAACUUGAUUUUAUUUGUGGCUGGUUUCCAGCUGCCCGUGGCCCUGGGGACGCGUCCCCGUCUGUGUGUCCGCGCACGGCUCAGCUGCCGCUUGUUUUCCUGUCAAAUCCUGAAAAGCCACGGAUUUUUCUCUCCUGAGCUAUUUGUGUCUUGUUUAGGGGGGAUUGGACAGCCUGAGCAGUAGAUGUUUUAGCUACGUGGGGACUAUUUAGGAURCUAAAUUAACGAUUCAACUCUAAUAUCUCUCCAGUCGCUGCCCRUGGGUAUCCAAGUGCCUUAAACCAUCUGGUUCCGAGGUCCAAGGGAAAGCUCCGUUGGCAUCAGAGGAGAUAGGGAUGCUUAGCGAAGGAGAUAAUUAUGCUGAUUUACUGUAAUUAAUAUCAUUUAUGCAGGAGGAAUAAAAUUAAAAUAGAAACUAAUCUGUAGCAGAAAUGAGCGGGCUGGGUUCCGACGCAGCCCAGGGACUCGCGGAUCCUUCCAGCUCGGUGUGAGUAGUUCCAGCCUUUCCUAAAUUCUCCUCGAGAAAUCUUAAUAUAAAAUGUACAGAGCAGCUUUUUAAAGGUAUUUUUAGUGUACAGUUUUCCCUCUUUUUUUCCUUUGCACGAAGCUCCUGUCCAUCCGAGCCGCGAUGGGGGAGGAAUUCAGCAGUUGCGAAUUUGGGUGCCGAAAUCCCGGGUUUUAAAGUUAAAACCAGUUUUAUGGGUUUGACCCAUGCCACGAAACGCUUCGUUUUGGGGUCUGAGGAGUCUUGCUGAUGGAAGACAACCCAUUAAUYAAUUCAAUGCCUCUUCCACUGCCUUGCUGGUUCUUUUAACCCCUCCCUGGCUGUGAUUUUAAUUGCACUUUGUCCCGACGUGCUGCCGGAAGGAGCUGGUGUGGAACAGCCCCUCCCCGGAGCUSUGUGGUUUUAGUCUCAGCAUUUCAGAUACUUGGAUUUAGGGAUGUCUUCAAAACUCCUCCACGUUUGCCUGGUGGCCCCUUUGGGGGAGGAACCAGAMUAGAGGUAGAAAUCAUCACAAAGGUAAUAAUAGAUAUUUUUUAUUGAUAAUAUUAGAAAAACUCUACUGUCAGCCUAAAGGAGGAGGUGCUCUUAACUGGACCCACCCAGCGCUGAGGCUGCUGUGUGAAUAGCUAUGCAUAUUUUCCCCCAAGAUUUUCAUGCACUUUAUACAGGGAAGAAGGAUAUUUAAUGCAGGAAGGUGUAAUUUGUAGGGAGUAUCUCAUCUCCGGCAUCUCCCGGGGGUUCAGUCCUGCUGGCCGUGUCCCUGAAUCGUGGGUGGGUCUGGGAUUCUUGGAGAAUGGUGUUGGUGGGGUGGAAAGGCUCCAAAUAACCCCUGUUCCACAGGGCUGGGGUCUCUCCUCCCCACGGGGUGUCCCUGACACCGAGCCAGCCAAGAGGAGGCUUCUCAGAGGGACUUUUUGGGCUUUUCUCAAGCCAAGCCGAGCCUUUUUCCCGUGUCAGGUUCAGCUCUUGAUGUAUUUUAUCUCCAUGUCCGAAAUCAAGGCAGUUCUGCUGGAGGGUUUUGGCUCUUUGCUGUUCCAGGACAUUCUUUAGUUGAGGAAAAGGAACAGAAACAAAUCCUGCGCGGUGACAGCACCCAGGUCCUUCAGCUGAGGGUUUUGUCCGGGGCUGGGGUGGGAUGUUCACCCCAAAAGGCAGAACCCCCUUGUUCCCCUCCCCGCAGCGGUGGAGCGCCAUCCCUGUGGAGCCACCAGGCCAUGUCCAUGCGAUGCUCCCGCUGUCCCCACGCUGGCUCCUCCAGCUCUUUGCACAACAUUCCACGUUCCCAGUGCCUUAUCCCGGGGCCAGCAGCCCGGGCAGCCUCGGGGUGCCUGGAUUUUAGGGAAUGGGGCRGGGAGGGACGGCCGGGCUGCUCACACUACACCACACCCCGARCGGGGUCCCGAUCAAGUGUCUUGUUCCUCCAUCUCCCGUGUCCAUGUUGAUUUUUGUUCCUGCCCUCUCCACCAUUCCCAAACCCUUCGGGUUCCCUGGAGCCUGUCCCUGCCAGGUUCCCCUGUACUUUAAACGAGCUGAAAUCCAAAGAGAACUUUGUAAUGAGCUGUAAAGUUUUUCAUGAUUCUGUACCAUACUAAAGGACUGUAAUAUUGUAUCAUAUGUGCGAUGCCGCCUGCAGGACCUGAAUAAACGUCUUCUUUAGAGCCGGG